AUGCUCGGCAUCACGGACCAGCUCUCUUAUGAAGCCAUUACUGGAUGCCUGCAGAAGGACAGUUCGUCGUGUGGAAUAUGGUGCCUUUUUGUUCUGGAGCUGCUACUGUUCGGUGCAAACCCCGAAAACUGGGGAGACUACUGGAGCGAUUCGAUGUAUGAUGUUGUGGGCUACCUACGCAUGCGCUAUCUGCACAAAGUUAUAUCAUUACAGCGACGCUUAAGCGUUACAUUCGAUAAUGUGGAGUAG